UUUUCUUGACCUUCAACGAAAAUACUCAAACUAUGAGAAGAAAUAAAAUCCUAAUGCGGGCCCGAAGGCCCCGGCCACCUAGCAUCAUCCAAUCUAAACAGUUCGUGAAGUACACUCGCUUUCCUGUGGCGUGUGACGAUAAAAAAAUUCUGUACCGAAACUUGAGCAAACCCAAACCCAGCAACAAUUCCGAGUCGGAAAAAAUUGGCGAAGGUGCAAGGCCAGAGAAAGAAAAGAAAAGGGCUAACAGCCUACGUUUUGCUUUUAGCCUUUGACCUUGACCCUCUCCCUCUCAAUCUCUCUCUCUUUCCUUUUGCUGUUUCGCUCUGCUAGGGUUUAAUCAGGGUUUUCUUCUGCUUCACAAUCAGUAACCAAUGGAUAGAUACCAGAAAGUAGAGAAGCCAAAGCCAGAAUCACCCAUUAACGAGAAUGAGAUCCGAAUCACUUCUCAAGGCGCUAUUCGAAACUACAUCAACUAUGCUAUUGUUCUUCUUCAGGACAAACGUGUGAAGGAGAUUGUCUUGAAAGCAAUGGGACAGGCAAUCAGUAAGACAGUAGCCAUCGCAGAGAUUAUAAAGAAAAGGAUUCCCCGCUUGCAUCAAGAUACUGCCAUUAGCUCAGUGAGCAUAACUGAUGUUUGGGAACCUAUCGAAGAGGGGCUUGUUCCUGUGGAGAUGACUCGCCAGGUCUCAAUGAUAUCUAUAACCUUGUCAACCAGAGAGCUAAAUAAAAACUCUGCUGGGUAUCAAGCUCCCCCUUAUGCUGAACAACCGAAGCCACAAUAUCAUUACCAGCAGCAGCAACCACCCAAACAAGCUCGCAUUCCAUAUAAUGCUGUUAAUGAAGAUUCAUAUGGCCAAGGAAGGGGUUAUGGUAGAGGGAGAGGGCGGAGUUGGGGCAGGGGUGGAUAUGGAAAUUAUCAAGAUAAUGGUGGAUACUCAAGCUGGGGCAGAGGUGGUGGGCGAGGAAGGGGUUGGGGUUAUCGUGGUAGAGGUGGAGGGGGCAGAGGCUAUAGCCGUGGCCGUGGAAGGAUGGGUGGAGGUCGCACAAGGGGUGGUGGCUACUAAAGCAUAAUCAAGGACUGAAUCUCAAUUUUUUUUUUCCUUUAGCUAAAUGCUUGCCUUGGGUAAAUUGCAGUACUGUUUCUAAUAGCAUGAGAUGUGGCUUAAAAUCUGCAGCAUUAUUAAGCAGUGGUUUUGUGUUUCUUUCUACAUUAUAUGGAUGUGGGCAAGGUUGUUUUGUUGGUCUUUUUGCAUUUAGCCAAAGGCAAGUGGAUGGGUUAUGGUUGUGCUGUACUUCAAGCUACCCUAUCAUGUUUAUAAAUAUAUAUUUCUUUAUUCCUUGAAAGUCUUUCUUGUCUCCUUGAUUUUGUCUUUGCCCAGCCAUAGUAAUUCAAAGCCAUGCCUGGUAAUGGAAUGAAAAAGAAAGUAAUCUAACAAUGUCACCAUGAAACUUAUUCUUAAAUUGCAUGGGCCUUAAGCCUUAAAGCAAUAAAGCUCCAUUGUUUCUUCUGCAUCCUAUUUCAGGCCUUGAUCCAUUUGAUAGGAAAGUAGGAAAGGCUUCCAUCCAAACAGAGUGUAAAGAUAAAAAGUAUUUGCAUGGCUAUGCUCCUAGGCCUAUUGUAUUCACGGGUAACAAC